UUCGAGGAAGAAAACUAAAACUUUGCUCGACAGAUAGUGACGUAGGUAUAACAGCAACAAACCCGACUCCUUUAUUUUAUUGGUCGUUCCGUUUCCAUGCUCGAUGCUGAUUGGUUAUUUCCCUACAGGAAAGCCCUACUUAUUCUUGUUUGAGGCACCAUUUUGUUGCAAGUGAGAUUACGAGGAGAGGAAGUAUAGAUGAAAUUUUAUCUGUAGUCUUGGGUAGAAGAGGUUAACACUGUUAACGUAAUUUCUUCAGUUACAGCUACAGCAUUAAUAACCGACCUGUAUCAGUCGAAGGGCUAUUGCCAUCAAGCCCCGAGGAAGUCGUGACGGCUUCCGAGAGCACCGUGUGCCGAGGUGAAUUGAUGUUCAGCUCGGCUUCACGAGGAAACAUCGCUCGUUGGCACAUGAAAACCUCAGAAUUUGUUGGACAUAGAUGUGCAGUGAGGAGUAGGUCGACUACUUCGAGGACCUGGAGCCCGAUUGGGGAAGAGAAAUUAAGAAGUAAAAACAUCCACGCAUUCAACUUCUUUACAACAAAAAGGUGACAUCCAGUGUGAGAAGUAUGGGAGGUGGUGAAAGAUGCAACAUUCCAGUGUCCCACCCUCACUAUGCAUUGAAAAAACCCCACCAGGUUGGCAGGGCCAAGCAAAGGAGCCAUAACCAAAACGAAGACAUGCUUGCAACAUCUUCGGGCGCCCCAACAGUAUCCCGCUGCCACCACAGGGGUGACAAGGGCAGUGGUUACUCCCGGUCUCCUGAGAUGCGGCAGGCCGUGUCCACAGAAAAAAGCACCUCCAUGCAUUUUGUUGCAGCAUAUGACCAGAACUGGGAUGGGGCUGUGUCACAUCUGAAAGACCUCUUGGCAGCCCAGUGUGGCCACAGUUAUGCAGGAGCCAAGUUCAGUGAUCCCCCAUCCCCCAGUGUUCUGCCCAAACCCCCCAGCCACUGGGUGUCACUUCCAAUGGGCCCCUGUGAUCGCCGUGAGAUGAUGGCCUUUCAACUGAAGAGCCUCCUAAAGGUGCAGGCAUGAGAAGGACUCUGCCGAUUUCUCAAAGCCAGUGAUUGAAGGCUCUACUUUGCCCUCUUGCCCUCCUGGAACGCUGUAGCGAUGUAAUAAACUUUUAAAAAGUUAUUUUAUAUUAGUGUUGAGGUGACCAUUUUUCAGAGAGAUGUCUGCUAAUGGUGGGUUUUGUUUUUUUUUUUAAGUUACAUAAUUUUUUAAAAUGUGUAACUUGGCAGGUAUUGCAUAGCUGCAGCCUUGCAGGUGGGAGAGCUCUUGGUGGAGUUGCACUCCUUGACAAAUGAUAAGAUGGAUUUCCUUGUCAUCUGUGUUGCUCCAAGACACUCUUGUUUUGUUCUUUUUUUGUUGGCCGUUAGUGAUUCCUGUGUGGUUUGCCUCCACUGGGGCGACGCGCUGAAUGCUUGACCAUAUCUGUGCUGCACAGGCUUGUUUUAUUUCCUCUCCAUAUAGAAGCUUGUUGCAUAACUUUAGCAUGAGGUUCUAAUCAUGUUGGGCUUUUGCAGAAGCCUCUUGGUGCUAGUCAGUAUCCUUUGUUUUGGGGAGAGAUGCUACUUGAAUUUGUCCUUAAGGGAGAACAUGGUAAUCUGAAUGUGGAAGAACAAGCUGUCUUGUGUUGGUCAUGUGAUUAACAUCAAGCAGUCAGAUAUAAACGUGGCGCACAGGUGUUGUACUUUCAACUCCCGUAUAUAUAUUUUUUAAUGCGCUGUGCGCACUGCACUAUGGGUCUUGAAAUGCAACAAGGUUUGUGCAUGUUCUUUUGUAGCAUUAUUCCUGUUGGGUUUUGUUCACUAAAGCAAUAUGGUUUGAAUUUGAGUCCCCUUUGCUUCAUCACAUGAGAACAAGUGCCAUAGAUUUCACAAGAAGUGAAGCAUUAGUUUUUCUUGGGAAAUGAUUUUAAUACAAUCAGUAACAUUUAAACUUUAAGCCUUGCGGGUCCCCUCAACACCUACAUGGCAAACUGCGGGGGAAGGCUCAAGCACCAGGACUCCAGCUUGUUGGCUGGUUCAGUCCUGUUUCAUGAACCUGUUUGCUAUUUGGUGUAGCCUGUGGUGAUGGGAGGUGUAUUCGAAGCACUAAAAACAAAGCAUUUAAGAUAUGAUAUGGAUAUGAACAUGCAGGCAUUCACUUUCAGGUCAAGGUAAUACCUGAAGCCUGCCAUUUUUCUGUCCCCCCCCCCUUUGUGCUUGAUGUCGAACUUGCACUGCUGUUAAAUUGUGCUCAAAAGCGAAAGAGUUUAACAAAGUGUCUAAAGACUGCUUUUCUUUGAGGUGGAUAGGAAGCGGCCUCCCCGUUAUGCAUUUUAAAGGUUGUAGUGGGUGUGUGCAUGUGAUGGUACUUCCUGCAUAAUAGUGUUAACGGCCAUUUGAAAGAUGACAAAACAAAGCUGAAGACUUGGAUAUUUGUAAUAGAGCCAUGUAAAUAAUGAAAUGUAUAAAACAUUGUAGCAUAUUGUACAUUGUGCAGGGUUAUUUCAGCCUUGCUGAUAAAGUAUUUUUAGUAAUAACACUGAAUGUAAGUCAUGCUGAAGACACGUGGCUUGGUUUGAAAUGCUGAAAUUAUUUUUGUUUUUAAAAAAAAAAAAAAAAAAGAAAAAAAAAAAGCCUACAGCACAUCAAAUCCCCUGCACUGUGUGAUUUGUUGCUGGUGAUCUUGCACAUAGUUCUUGUAUUUUGUAUAAUGCACAGUGCAGAGGGUGAAAACAAGCUUUAAGUGCAACAAAAAGGCAAAAAAAGAGAAAAUUAAGAUUUGAAGGGACUUGUACACCCCCACACCCCCAAAAUAUAUUAUAAUAUAUAAUAUUUUGUCAUAGAUGUAUAUUAUAAACCUUUCCCCAAAAAUUUGUUAAGCCGCAGCUAUUUGUACCCAGACUUAAGUCUUUCCUCCGCAGGCGCACGUGUGGAUACAUGCUGCUGUACAACUGUAGUUCACUGUUCCAAGUACUGGUGUUGGAUUUUUUUUUUUUUUAUUUUUUUUUUUUUUACAUUAUUUUUUUGUAUCUUUCCUAAUGUGAGUGUGUAAAAGUCUCUGCCAUUUUCCCUGAUGAUUGGAUUGAAUUUGUCCCAAUCUUUUUAAAUGUCACUGUGAAAAAGAAAUGUAAAGCCCAUUUUAUUGUAAUUGGUGGAUACUAAAAUAUUUUUGAAAGCACUGUAAUUUGGUUUAAAAAAAAUAAACUCCCUUUCCUUUUGCCCCCC